AUGAUAGCGACAAAUAUGAUGCAUUUAAUGCUCUGGUUCCAAAAGAAACACAUUCUAUUUGGUCAAUUUGAUGCUUUUACUGAUGUUAUCCUAAUUUCCAUUAUGUUUAAGUGUGUUUUCUCCACUUACAGACCCGAAGAACCACACGAUCAGGUUAAGUUUCAAUUGACGAAUGAUUCAACUGAAAGUCUCACCAAGAACAAGUUCAUCCCUGCAAUCAAUUUGAGACAACUUGCAAUCAUUGAAUUUAAACCUCCCUCUAACGACAAAGUUUUUAGGGUUCUUUAUAUGAUGGGUUACUUAUCCAAUCUCAAAGGGGUUGCAGAUUUUAGGAAGGGAAGGUUACCAACUAUAGGGAAAUACUUUUGUCACUACAUCAUCUGA